AUGAUGAACACUGGAAGCAUCUUUAGAAGACUCCAAUCAUUAAAGUCACAUAUUGGAGCAUCACAAGAGGAGGAGAGAGUGGAUCAUGCACAUCAAGAGGCAUUAAAGAAGGAUAAGGAGAAUAAUGACGAUGAUGAAAAGAUGUACGAUGUUAUUGUGGUUGGAGGAGGUAUCACUGGUGCAUCCAGUGCCUACAUGUUGGCAAAGAGUGGUCUGAACGUUCUGUUGCUCGAACAGUUUGAGAUGUGUCAUACCAAUGCAUCGUCGCAUGGCGAUGGCCGUAUCAUUCGAUUCUCCUACCCCGAGGACAUAUACAUCAAGCUCUCCAAACUAGCCUAUCCCCUCUGGACCGAAGCCGAGAAUGAGUCCAAAGAGAAGUUGAUUCACAUCACAGGUGGCAUCGACUUUGGUGGCUACGACGAGGAGGCACUACGCCACUUACUCAUUGCAUAUGAUAAUAACAAGAUAAACUACAGCAUACUUAGUCAUAAGGAAGCGAAUAAGAGGUUCCCUCAGUUCAAGUUUAAGAAGGAGACAUUGAUUGUUUAUCAAGCUGAUAGUGGUGUGAUAUUCGCUUCAAAGGCUGUAGCUACAAUGUGGAAGUUGGCCAAGAGAUAUGGUGCAACGACAAUGGCAAACAAACGUGUGGAUACUAUAACCGUGGAUUCAGAGUCACAGGUCACUGUGAAGACAUUCGACCACGCAACUUACAAAGCCAAGAAGAUUGUGUUGGCCUGUGGCGGCUGGAUCAACGAUGUGCUGCUGCGCUCGCAGCUGGACGUCGUGGUGCCUGUGCACGUCACCCAGGAGAAGGUGUUCUACUUUGGCCACCUCCCCGACACACCAUCCAACAUUGACUUUACGAUGAAGUCAUGUCCCGUAUCGAUUUGCUAUGAGAAGGAUGCUAUAUUCUACACACUGCCGCAGAUUGAGGAACGCGGCGUCAAGGUGGGCAUGCACAGAAGUGGUCCCGUGCUCGACUCGAUGGACCACGCCAAGAAGACCUACCCCGAGGAGAACAUCGAACGCACCAAGAAGUUCGUUGCCGAUUACUUCCCUCUAAUGGAUCACAAGAAGGAGCUAAGCUCACUCACCUGUCACUACACCAGUGCCCUGGACUUUAACUUUAUCAUCGACAGACAUCCCGCACAUCGCAACGUCCUCAUUGUCAGUCCAUGCAGUGGACACGGCUUCAAGUUUGGUCCAGCCAUUGGCAAGCUGGUGCUCGACCUCGUCAUGGACAUCGUCCCACCUAUCCCCAUGAAGGAGUUCAGUCUUGGAAGAUUCAAGUCACAACUAUACAAGAGGAUUGGCGCA